UCAGUUGGGCACUGGAUACGAACGCGUGCAGUGUGUGGAUUUUCCAAAUUGGCCAAAAAUACUAGAAUAGAAUCGAAAAAUCAAACCAGAAAAUAUAUAGAAGGUUCGCUCGGAAACGUUAGAAACGCCUGUUUUUUGUGCCCCAAAAUUUAUGCCAUUCGCUUGUCAAUAAAAACCAACAAACAACAAAAAAGAAAAACCCCCGGAGAAACGUAAACAGAAACAGAAAAGAAAGACAUCAUAUUGAAUUUAUGGUGUAGGUGCAGCGACGUGCGGUCCUUGAGGAUGGGAUAUCCUGCUGGUGUCCUUCUUGUCGUCAGGGUGUGUCACACGGCGUCGAUUUGGACGUGCCCUUCUCUGCACCUUCUGCUGUCCUUUUAUUGUUGUCUUACCUCUUACCCGGGACUCAGGACUACCUGGCCACAAUUACCGUUAUCGGGCGCAAAGGACCAAAUUGCUUUUCGGUUCGUUUUCGGUACCACACGGCGUAUGCUCAACGUUCGUAGUAUUGCGCAUGAUAAUUGAAUUUUUGUGGCGGCUGCUUUGUGGAAAUCUCCUAAUUGGAAAUUUGUUAUUUGAGUUCGAUGAACUGUGAACAGAAAAAGAGAAAAAAGUAGCCCUAAAAUCGUUGGAAAAUUGAAAAUGUCCCUGGACAAUCAAGUGAAAUAAUCAAUAAAGUGUUAUAAAAAAUAUAUUAAAAAAAUCAUGGAGAACGCUACAAUAAUGCUGAAUAAAAUCAACUCUAGCAGAAUGGAGGAAAACAGCACCUCCUACUUCACCGACGAGGAAUGGCUGUCCAUUAGCAGCACUUUGCCCUGGAUCGUGUGCUUCUUCUUCGGGGUUAUCGCCAUCACUGGGUUCUUUGGCAACCUGCUGGUCAUUCUGGUGGUCGUUUUCAACAAGAAUAUGCGAUCUACGACCAACCUGAUGAUCGUUAACCUGGCCGCCGCCGAUCUGAUGUUCGUCAUCCUCUGCAUUCCCUUCACGGCCACCGACUAUAUGGUCUACUAUUGGCCAUACGGGGUGUUUUGGUGCCGCAGUGUCCAGUACUUGAUAGUGGUGACGGCCUUUGCUUCGAUCUACACCUUGGUCCUAAUGUCCAUUGAUCGAUUCCUGGCCGUGGUUCAUCCCAUUCGAUCGCGGAUGAUGCGAACGGAGAACAUCACCCUGAUUGCCAUCGUGACUCUGUGGAUCGUGGUGCUGGUCGUCUCACUGCCGGUAUUCUUCGCACACGAUGUGAUGGUGCAGUAUGAUGCCAAGAAGAACAUCACCUACGGAAUGUGCCAGUUCACGGAGAACGACUUUAUGGGACCAAAGACCUACCAGGUCACCUUCUUUACCAGCUCUUACCUGCUGCCCCUGAUGAUCAUCAGUGGGCUGUACAUGCGCAUGAUCAUGCGGCUUUGGCGCCAGGGUACCGGGGUUCGUAUGUCCAAGGAGUCGCAAAGGGGUCGCAAGAGGGUCACCCGCCUCGUUGUCGUGGUGGUCAUCGCCUUUGCCUCUCUUUGGCUGCCCGUUCAGCUCAUCCUACUUCUCAAGUCGCUGAAUGUCAUCGAGACGAACACGUUGAGCAAACUCAUCAUUCAGGUCACUGCUCAGACACUGGCCUACAGCAGCUCCUGCAUCAAUCCGCUGCUCUACGCCUUCCUCUCCGAGAAUUUCCGGAAGGCCUUCUACAAGGCCAUUAACUGCUCGUCUCGGUAUCAAAACUACACAUCUGACUUGCCACCGCCACGAAAGACGUCGUGUGCCAGGACCUCGACCACAGGACUCUAAGGAUAAUUUCCUAAAGGAAAAGUGCGGGAAUCAAAGGCAGAGCCAUGUGAUUAACCGAUAGGCAGGCCACUGAAAUUGCCUUCAUUACGAGUGAAUCUCCGAGGGCAGGACAUAUGUAUGGAUGUCCUUAAACAGGAAGAGGAACCAAAGAACCAAGGGAUCAAAAGGACUGCAAGCGAUCACUGCAAUGGAGUGAUGCCCUUCGAAUG